AUGGACAAGCUAAUCGACCAGAUCUUUGCUACGCAAAUUGUCAUCACGUUAGCUCAGCAAGAAGUCAUUGUCGACAUCGAAGAUUCAGAUAAAACGCAAUAUCACCAGGCUAAUUUUAAUACAAGCGCUUACCAGUUCGGCUAUGAAGUCGGCCCCAAUGGGCAGUUCCAUCACGAAACGCGAGGUCCGGAUGGGGUCACGUACGGCUGCUACGGUUACAUAGACCCCAAUGGAAUGCUAAGGGUUACUCACUAUGUGGCAGAUUCUCACGGAUAUCGUGUUAUAGAACCCAAUCAUGCCGUGAAAAUUUUCGCCGAUGCUCCCACGCAGUACAGCAAUUCUAUCAACGACGAUGACUCUCAAUUGGGACAGCAAGGCCAAGUAGUCGCCUGGAAAGAUCUCUACCUGCCACGCGGUUGUGGCAUGUAUCCAGGAGGUUUACGACCGGAUGGUCCUCCAAUUACAACGACAACACCAGCCCCUAGUAAACCCGGUCAGGGUGGACAGGGUUCUGGUGGAGGCCUAAAUCAAGGUCAAGGUCAAUCUCAGAACCAAGGCCAAAAACAAGGACAAGGUCAAAGUCAGGGACAAUGGCAAGGUCAAGGGCAGGGACAAAACCAAGGACAAAAUCAGGGACAAUGGCAGGGACAAAACCAAGGACAAGGGCAGGGCCAGAACCAAGGGCAAGGGCAAGGACAGAAUCAAGGACAAGGACAAAAUCAAGGACAAGGCCAAUGGCAGGGGCAGGGACAAGGACAAGGACAAAACCAAGGCCAAUGGCAAGGACAAGGACAAACACAGUCGCAAGGACAGGGACAAGGUCAAGCUCAAAAUCAAGGACAAGGUCAAUGGCAAGAACAGGGUCAAGGGCAAGGUCAAAAUCAAGGCCAAAACCAAUGGCAAGGACAAGGACAAUCUCAAGGAAACCGUCCCAGCUCUAGUCAAGGACAGGGCCAGUGGCAAGGGCAAGGACAAAAUCAAGGAAAUCGACCGAGUUCUGGCCAAGGGCAAAGCCAACAGCAAGGCCAAGGGCAGUGGCAAAAUCAAGGCCAAGGUCAAGGCCAAGGACAAAAUCAAGGGCAAGGUCAAUGGCAAGGACAAGGACAGGGCCAAGGAAAUCGGCCUAGUUCUGGUCAAGGACAAGGCCAAGGCCAAGGUCAAGGUCAAGGCCAAGGGCCUGGACAAGGUCAACAACAAGGUCAAGGGCAAGGUCAAAGUCAAGGGCAGACUUCUCCAUCCGGACCCGGACAUCAUCACCAAGGACAACAUCAGGGAUCGCAUCAAGGUUCCACCGGUUCAGGGCAGCAUCAAGGACAACACCAGGGAACUCAUCAUGGUUCUUCUGGGCAACAAAGUGGUCAGAGUCAGGGUUCUCAUCAAGGACAAGUUAGCUCAAGUCAACAUCAAAAUCAGCAACAAGGAAGUCAUCAAGGAUCAUCUGGUCAACAUGGUGGACAACAUCAAGGAUCACAUCAGGGUCCUAUUGGUUCGGGACAAUCUCAAGGACAGCACCAGGGUAGCCAUCAAGGCAUUAGUCAAGGUUCUCAUGGAAGUCAGAAUCAAGGGUCUCAUCAAGGCCCUACCAGUUCAAGCCAGCAGCAGAAUCAACAUGGCAGCAGCCAUGAGGGUUCUUCGUGGCAACAUGGCGGACAAGGCCAAGGAUCUCACCAGGGCCCAAUUGGUUCCGGUCAACAGCAGGGCCAGCACCAAGGCAGUCAUCAGGGAAUUAAUCAGGGUUCACACCAGGGUCAAAGCCAAGGAUCUCAUCAAGGACCAAUCGGCUCAGGUGAAAAUCAAAGCCAACACCAGGGUAGUCAGCAAGGAUUACAGCAGGGUUCUCAUCAAGGACAGCAUCAGGGUCAACAUCAGGGACCAAUUGGUUCCGGUCAACAUCAAGGAAGUUAUCAAGGAAGUCAACAAGGAGGCAGCAACGAACAUCAAGGUCAACACCAGGGCUCCCACCAGGGGCCUUUUGGGUCCGGUCAACAUAAUGUGCAAGUUUCAUGGAGUCACCAAAAGCCAGGUCAAGGACAGCAGCCAGGUAAUCGUCCUGGUCAGAGCCAAGGACAGGGACAGGGUCAAAACCAAGGGCAAGCGCAGAGUCAAGGACAACAACAGUGGCAAGGACAGGGCCAAGGACAGGGCCAAGGACAGGGACAAGGACAAGGCCAACCCCAAGGUCAAUGGCAAGGACAAACUCAGGGUCAGCAACCAGGACAAGGACAAAGUCAAGGUCAGGUUCAGCAACAGCCAACGACUGGUCGUCCCUCUGGAGAACCAUCCACUGGAUAUCCAUUUGAACCAACUCAGAGCCCUGAAUCACAGUAUACAACUGGUUAUCCGAGUUAUCCGCCAACUGCCAGUGGCGUUCAGCCGCCUUCCCGACCAAUCGAUACCGGUACUCCCCCUUCCAGCGGAAACAAUAAUCAAUAUCCACCAAAUCCGAAUUACCAAGUUGCCGUUUCACAGUAUCCGUACUUCUUUGUACCUUACCCUUAUCCUCCUCCACCAAAUGUUCCCCAAGCUCCUUGUAAUUGUCCCCAAGAUCAAAAUCGCCCGACGGGCUAUCUCGGUUUCAUCCCCAUACUUUACGUACCAAAUUGUAAUGCCGCAAAAGGUGGGCUGCCCACACAUAUAAAUUGGCCAGCGCCUGGACCACCCGACGGUGUGGGUCGGACUCUGGAAGAAUUACCCAUCCAGCGAUUGGUUCAAGGUGAAGACGGAAGCUGGACAGUUCAGCAAGAACAACCACAACCGUCUCCCAAGCCACGUCAGAUACGAACUCGACGACUUCGAAAUAGACGUCCAGCGCAGCAGAAAUUGGGCGGUACACCGUUUAGCAAACGGCAAUCGGAGCAAGAGACACAAAUCGAAGGUGCCUAG